UUUUUCAGUAGAUUUCUGCAUGGCAGGUUAACUAAAGGCAAGACGACUGAUUUGUCUCCAUUCUAAGUACUGUUCCUGGCAAGACCCUGUCACAGCCUCCAGCCCAAGUUCAUCGUUCUGCUCUGUCUCUCCUCCGCCCCAGCCAUCACUCUGGGGUGUACCUGAGGACUGCAGUGUGAAGAUGACCAGCGUCUUAGCAUGACGACCCUGGACCAUGUGAUAGCCACCCACCAGUCCGAGUGGGUCUCCUUUAAUGAAGAACUGAUCUUCCCUGUCGCUUCCAAGGGAGGCACAGAUGAGCACCCCCCGAGACUGUCAUCACCCUCAGACCGGUCCGAGAGCUCCUCUGGGGAGAACCACGCAGUGGAUGCUGGCUCCCAGGACCUUUCCCACUCUGAGCAAGAUGACUCCUCGGACAAGAUGGGCCUCAUCUCCGAAGUGGCCUCCUGCCCUGGGAGCCCGGAGCAGCCUGCACCUGACCUGGCUUCAGCCAUCAGCAGCUGGGUUCAGUUUGAAGAUGACACAUCCUGGGCUAACACAUCACCGCUUCAUAGAGAAACAGCAGAUACCGCAGGAUCCUUGACCAUGCCUUGCUGGACAUGCCCUUCAUUUGACUCCUUGGGCAGAUGCCCUUUGACCUCCGAGAGCAGCUGGACCACACCUUCUGAAGACACCAGCAGUCCUAGUUUUGCUCCUUCAUACACAGACCUACAGCUCAUCAAUGCUGAGGCGCGGACAAGUGGCAAAGCUUCUGGGGCUGACUCGACUGACGAGAGGCCCGAGUGGCAGACAGGCAGUCAGACGGUGGAGAGUCUUGUUGAAGCACGCAGGGAGCACACAUCCACCCGCACACACAGCCUGGACCUCUUGCCUCCCCACCUCAGGAGGAGCCAGAGCCCUGAUGAGAAUCCGAAUGGUGCUUCUGCGCCGAACAACAAUUCUUCCUCGCUCCAGGAAGACGAAGAAGUAGAAAUGGAGGCCGUUGGCUGGCAAGCUGGCAGUCCAGCCACGAAUGGGCACCCUGCCCAUCCAGUGACCUCUACUCGUUUCCCCAGUUGGGUCACCUUUGAUGACAAUGAAGUCCUGUGCCCUGGGCCGCUGGUCACCUCUCCUCUGAAGCCGAAUACACCACCUAUUGCAUCUGAGAUCCCAGAUGUAACAUGUAAUUCAACUGGGUCAUUUAAGAAGAGGGACCGUCCCAGGAGCACUUUGAUGAACUUCUCCAAAGUUCAGAAGCUGGACGUUUCCUCCUUAAGCCGCCAGCCAUCCAAAAGCGAGGCUCCACCAUGGAGCGCCACCAACCCUUUCCUCAAUGAGACUCUGCAGGAUGUGCAGCCCUCCCCCAUCAACCCUUUCAGCGCUUUCUUUGAGGAACGGGAAAGACGCUCCCAAAACAGUUCUGUGCCCGGUGCCGCUAGCCAAAGUCAGAGGGAUUCCCUUGUUGUCGUCUACCAAGAUGCCAUCAGUUUUGAUGACUCGAGCAAAAGCCAGUCACACUCUGUUGCUGUUGAAAAGCUCAAGCAGCUCCAAAUUGAUGACCCUGAUCACUUGGGCAGCGCAACAUUACCAGAUGAUGACCCUGUAGCCUGGAUGGAGCUAGAUUCUCACCUGCCUGGCUUGGCCCAGCCCCAGCCCAGGGACGGGUGGCCCAUGAUGCUGAGAAUCCCCGAGAAGAAGAACAUCAUGUCCUCCCGACACUGGGGACCAAUCUACAUCAAACUGACGGAUGCUGGCUACCUGCAGCUCUAUUACGAGCAGGGCCUGGAAAAACCCUUCCGUGAGUUCAAGCUGGAAAUCUACCAUGAGAUUUCAGAACCCCGGCUCCAAAACUAUGAUGAAAAUGGCAGGAUCCACAGCUUGCGGAUAGAUCGCGUCACAUACAAGGAGAAGAAGAAAUACCAGCCCAAGCCCGCUGUGGCCCAUACAGCAGAAAGAGAACAAGUGAUCAAGCUGGGCACCACCAAUUAUGACGACUUCCUGAGCUUCAUCCGUGCGGUGCAGGACCGUCUCAUGGAACUGCCAGUGAUGUCCAUGGAGCUCAGCACGGUUGGUUUGAAUUACCUGGAAGAAGAGAUAACAGUGGAUGUCCGAGAUGAAUUCUCUGGCAUCGUGAGCAAAGGCGACAACCAGAUCCUCCAGCACCACAUCUUGACACGGAUCCACGUUCUCAGUUUCCUCUCUGGGCUCGCAGAAUGCCGCUUGGGCCUCAACGACGUCCUCAUCAAAGGGAAUGAAAUUGUCUCACGGCAGGACAUCAUGCCCACCACCACCACCAAGUGGAUCAAGCUCCACGAGUGCCGUUUUCACGGGUGUGCAGAUGAGGAUGUUUUCAACAGCUCACGAGUCAUUCUCUUCAACCCCUUGGAUGCAUGCCGGUUUGAGCUGAUGCGGUUCAGGACGGUGUUUGCCGAGAAGACCUUGCCGUUCACGCUCAGGACGGCAGCCAGCAUCAAUGGGGCGGAGGUGGAGGUGCAGAGCUGGCUGAGGAUGUCCACCGGCUUCUCCUCCAACCGGGACCCUCUCACUCAGGUCCCCUGUGAGAAUGUGAUGGUGCGCUACCCUGUGCCCAGCGAGUGGGUAAAAAACUUCCGCCGGGAGAGCGUCCUGGGGGAAAAGUCUUUGAAAGCCAAAGUGAACCGGGGGGCAAGUUUUGGCUCAGCUGGCAUCUCCGGCUCUGAGCCUGUGAUGAGGGUGACCCUGGGAUCUGCCAAGUAUGAGCAUGCCUUCAACUCCAUCGUGUGGAGGAUUAACCGGCUGCCAGACAAAAACUCAGCUUCCGGUCACCCACACUGCUUCUUCUGCCACCUGGAACUCGGCUCUGACCGGGAGGUGCCUUCCAGAUUCGCCAACCACGUGAAUGUGGAAUUCAGCAUGCCCACAACCUCAGCCUCCAAGGCCGCUGUAAGAUCCAUCUCUGUGGAGGACAAGAUUGAUGUCAGGAAGUGGGUCAAUUAUUCGGCGCACUACAGCUACAAGGUGGAAAUUGAACAGAAAAGGAGUUUGAAGCCAGACUUUGAAGGAGAUGAAAUGGAAAAUCCCAGGGAGUGUGGGGUUCAAUGACCAAGCCCUACAGCAAGGGACCCUGACCCAAGCGUUAUGAUAGGGAGUGUUCCUGGAUAGCUGAGGUUAAAGUCAGGACUGCUGUGGCCAGUCCACACUAGGAGCAGGGUGUCGGCCUUGGCUCUUGGCAGUCAUGUGCAUUUUAGCCGGGGACCCUGAGGUCGUUGCACCCGAGAGGCUCGCUGCCUCUGAGCCCGCCUGAAGCUUGUGGUCCGCCUGGCUCUGGGAGCCUGUUGUGUAACCAAGCCUCCUUAUCUCCUCCCUGCUCGUCAUGCAGCACUGGUAUGUGGUUUAUUGAGACUGUUAGGAAACCAACCUGCCACAUCGGUGUGGGCACCGCUCCUCGUUCGUGUUCUCCUGUCACUGCGGAGAUUCUGCAGAAAGGCAGUCCCGAGGAGUUCACUAGGGGUCCAUCUCUGUCACUCCCUCCAUGCAAAGGUGGGCCCGGGACCUGGGCAGGCAUCUGCUUCCUUUCCAUGUGAACACCAGGCCACAGGGCUCUUCCUGGUUUUCAUUGUUUAGAUUCAUAUGCCUUGGGUUUUUGUUGUUUUGUUUAUCUUUGUAAGAUUUGGUAUCCUGAGUCACAAUACACAAUGGGGAAAGGUCCCUGUCGGGAAAUUUUUUGUUCUCUGACUGGGCCCAGAAUUUGCAAAAAAAGAAAAAAGGGGGGGGGGCUGCUGAAGGGAAAGCAAAAUCGAGCUUGUUUUACUUCCUUCUGAGAAAAGGGGACAUGAAAUACAAGCUUAGGAGACAGGUUCGGUCUCACUGAAUUCCCGGGUGUAGGCCACAUCUGAUUCUUGAAAUCCAUGGAUUUGUAUUUAUUAUACCUCAGGGGCAUUUAGGGGAUCUCUGUACCUCAGAGCCAGUAGACAGCUGCCUGUCUCUUUAACGCAAAAUCAACAGGAAACUUAAACUGAGACUAUAUUAAAAUAAUUGUGUCAAACCAAACUUGAAUGAGCUUUCCCCUAGAUUCAGAGUUUGAUACUAUCAGUAUUGAAACAAAUCAAAAGGGUAGAAAUGGAGAAAAGCAUUUUUUUUAAUGUUGGGGACAUGAAAUCCUGAUUCCACGGACCAUCCAGUCUUCUCCUCCGUCUGGUCCUGCUCACUUCAGCUGCUGCUUUGCAUCUUGGUAGUUUCCGUGAUGAAUGAAGCAGGGAUGGAAACCAUACUUUAUCAGAAUUGUAGAAGAUCCAGAAAUUGACAAUAAUCUCCAGUUUCUGGCCAGUAGGUGCAAGAUUGAUUUUUCCAGUGAACAGUCAGUGUACUGACAAGUAGGAAUAGCAAGCAUAAAAUGUUUUGAAAUAUCUUGAAUAUAGAACUGAAACUAAAAGGAUGAGCUUGAGUAUGCAUUAGUGGGCCAUCGUAUAUUCUAAGUUCCUUAAAGGCAACCCUGAAGUACCAAGUACAGUGUACAAAUGUGUGUUUUUGUAUCUGUGUUUAUGUCACGAGUGUUAGUAAGAUAUGAUUUCACAGCAGUUCAUUUAGAAAGUUUUCCUAGGAAAUGAGUGUUCAUUUUUUUUUUCAUCAGGAAUAUAUUGUGAUUAUUCACAAAGCUAAUACAUUCAACCUGUGUUAGUAUUUGUUCAGGGAGCCCUACAUGCAGUGUUAGUCCACAUGUGGUUAUAGCAUUGGAUUCCCUUAUUGGUGCCAUAUUUUUAAGGAGUGCUAUUAAUAAAUUGUGUCCACAGCCAGGUGACUGGUUUGUAAUGAGUCUGCUUGUAUAAGACACCAGGGGACAGGUUCCUUGAAGAACCUACUGGGAAGAGAGGGCAGAGAGAGAAUGUUCUGAGCUGCCUCCGAAUUCCUGCUCAACUAUAUAAGGGAAGAGGGAUGAGACCCGCUGUAGCUUCACAGAGCAACAGCAAGAAUGAAGAGGAACUUUACAAGUGACAAAUGGUUGCUUCAAUACAAGAACUUUCUAAUAAAAGUUGUUCUAAACAGGAAUGGACUCAAGUAGUAAAAUUUCCUAUUGCUGCAAAAAAUCAACUGUUUAAAAUAACUACCUGUGCCAGGUGCUUUGAAUGGGACUCCUCCAAUGGAUGUAUUUGGGAUAGAAGACUGCCACGGGUCCUCCUUAAAUGCAGGUUUAGUCUCUGCAGUGGUAAUAGGGCUCUCUAACUCGUUGUCUUUCCCUCUGCAAGUGGUUUCUAAUGCUGUGUGCAGUACACUGACAUCCCCUAGAGAUUGUCAAGGGAUUCUAAGCAUGUCCCUUCCCCUAUUGACCUAAGAGCACUUGAGGUUUCUCCUAGAACAGGUGACAGAGCUGGAAAGGUGAAUGAAGGUCAUUACCAUCUUCCUUAGUCAGCCUUAGAGACGCCACCUCCCUUGCUAGCUAGCAUCACUGCAGAUUUUACUCUUCUGCUCCCUUGGUUAAUUCUCAUUAGUCUUUGUGCUUUCUCCUGGACAUUUAUACUAUGUAUAUUUUUAAACCAAGUUGGUAAAAAUCCCUUUUGUGCCAUCUACAUCCAGCAAAUGAAUUUCUUUUAAGGUUUAUUAUUAUUAUUGGGAAGGCAGAUAAGAUUUAUAGAGAGAAGA